CCGAGAUGGGCCCAAGGUGGUCCCAACAUUGCCUCGUAGGCUCCUUGCUGGCCUCCGCGGCGGCACCUCGACGGCUCCAAGACGGCCCCAAGACGGUUCAUGUACAGCCGUUUUGGCUCAAGGACAGCGUCGUUUGAUUUUGUUCAUCGGCUGCGUGGGCAGACUGCAUCGAGUGCUUCAGACUCGCGAUGCUUCUGUUGAUCGUGUCACUGCUGGGACACCCCGCGAUGCUUCUCUUCCAUGCGCUCCAUUGGUCCGUGGGGGGUCACUUCGACGCCGCGGUGCUGGAGGCUCUGAAGGGCGUGCUACCGGAGUCAGGCCAGGCACAACUCGAGGUGCUCUCCGCGGGGGCACCCGAAUGGGCGGCGUGGCCGUAUCUCAAUAGCACGCUCCAUGCGGACUCGCGCCGCCUUUCCCAGCAGGAAGACGCAGACGCUCCCUGGUCGAAUCCCCAGUCCAGUGAAUUCCAAUGGAUACUGGUUGUGAUCAUCAGCAUCGUCCUAACUUAUGUCGGUGCCUUCCUCUACAAACGCGGGAUCGUCGACAAGCGGGGGCCCUGGCAGGGCUGGGAGGGCAAUCCCCAACUCAGCCUCGCGAUCGCAUGGAGUGGUGGCGUGUGGAGGUACACCUGCUGCGGCGACUGCUGCUUGCAGGACCACGUCUAUUGCUGGUACGCCUGCCUCUGUCUCGGUGCCAGGCUCGGCGAUACCUACACGGCGGCGAACAUCGGCGGGCCCGGCUAUUUUGCGUACGUCCACGCUGUCGUGGCAGUCUGGUUGUCCGGCCAGCUCAUAGCCGUGGUGUGGAAGAUACUCAUGCCCAUGAUGGUCAGUUGGGACGGCUGGUCUGACGACAACUGGUCCGAUGGUCUGAUGGGCACGGGCGCAUUCUUUUCGCAUAUGUUGCUGGCGGCCUGGCUCGCUGGCCAGAGAAUGAAGCUCCGCGAGGCACUCGGGGACCCGGCGCCCGAGAGUCGGUGGACGAAGGACUUCUGCUGCUAUUGGUGGUUCCCCUUCUGCAUGGCCGUGCAGGAGGGCAGGCAGGUGGACGAGAUCACCAAUGUCCAUACCAAGUGCUGCUUCCGAUUGGGUGAUGGAAACCUGCUCAAGCCCGUUUGCGAGGACUUACGGCGACCUGGACGGGCCCCCCCGGGGGCGAUGCGGCCUUCAGCCGUGGUCGGACAGCCGGUGGGAGCUCCCGCGGUCCCAGUGAAGCUGGGCACGGCGGGGAAGGUAGCAGACCCCAAGUAGCACCCAAUCCCUGCCGAGCCCUGGCUGCUCUCCUGAUCCGCUGUCCUUCCCGCGCGAUCAGUUCGUGAAGAACGCGAGUCAUGGCCACCUGCCUUUUUCGGUACGCAGUCCCUCGGCGCCGCCUUAAUUGGGUGGAAGCGUGGACUGGCCCGACGCUGAGGGCAUGACAUUUCACCUGUCCCAGCGAGAUGCUCUGCCCCCUGUGCAGGCCUGGCAACCUCUCUCCGCCGGUGCCGCCGCCAUGGGGCGGGCACGUCGCGCAGCAUCUUCCUCGCACGUGCCAGCAGCCAUCCAUAAAAGCACUGGCCGCACCAGAAGACGGCCCCAGAACGGCCCAUCAGAGAGCGGAUGGGCCGCCCGCUCGCGGCGCGGCGCGCCGGAGGGAGCGAACGGUCAGGUCAAUCCUCC